UCGGGUGAAGAGCCGCCUCUGGUUUGCGAACGACCCUGAAAUGACGACUUUUCUGUGCGCGAGGGCCUGCGUUAUGAGAGAGUGCGCGCUGCGUCGGUCCUUGUCUCACGCGGCGAGCGCCAUGAAGCCCGGAGCUCGCGUGCGCGUUCUCCCCAGUCGCCGGUGUCUGUUCGACGAGCCCGUGCGCAUUAAAGUGGACGGGCUCGCGCCGCGCCAGCGCGUGCAGCUGCGUGCUCGCCUAGUGGACGACAGGGGGGUGGGCUUCACGUCGGCCGCCGCGUACGAGGCGGAUGGCGGUGGCGCUCUGGACCUGGGCACCGCGCGCUCCCUCGGCGGAAGCUACGUGGGGGUCGAACCCAUGGGUCUGUUCUGGUCCAUGAAGGCCGACACGCCCCACACGAAGCUGUGGAAGAAAGACGCCCAGCACCCUUGCGCCGUGGAUAUCGAGGUGUUCCCCGCGGCGGGUGGGGAGCGCGCGCUGGCCACGGAGACCAUCGAGCGGGCCUUCAUGGUGGAGGGCGCGCGCAGGCGCUCCGUAAAAGUUGGACGAAUCCGGGGAACCCUGUUCGUGCCUCCCGGUCGAGGUCCAUUCCCUGGUAUUUUGGACUUAUACACAUUAGGCGGUGGUCUGACGGAGUUUCGGGGAAGUCUCCUGGCCAACAAGGGUUUUGUGGUUUUGUGUCUGGCUUUCUACAGAUACGAUGACUUGCCUAAAGCUGUCGAAGAACUUGACCUGGAAUAUUUUGAAGAAGCGCUAACGUUCUUGCGGAGUCAACCUGAGGUCAAAGGUCCUGGACUGGGUGUUGUGUCAAUUUCCAAAAGUGGGGAUCUGGCCUUGUCUAUCGCGUCAUUCCUCCCUGGCAUCGCUGCCACCAUGUGUGUUAACGGCUGUAAUGCCAACACUGUACUUCCACUGCGCUGCAAAGAUGUGGUCAUCCCUCCUCUGAAGGCUGAUCCCAGCAAAGUAUUCGUCACAGAGUCUGGAAUCUUGACCAUCCGAGAUGCUGUCUCUGAUCCCAUGGCAGAGGGAAAUGAAGCUUCCCUCAUCCCAGUCGAACGGGCCACCUGCAGAUUUCUCCUCGCAGUCUCUGAGGACGACAGGAACUGGAACAGCUACCUGUAUGCAGAUCAGAUUGUCAAGCAGUUAAAAGAUCAUGGGAAGGAGACUUGUGAAGUGGUGAAGUACCCAAAGGCGGGGCACUUUCUGGAGGUUCCCUAUAUGCCCUAUUAUCCGUCCGGUUUGCAUGCUGCUGUAGGCCAAGUGGUGGCGUUUGGAGGUGAUCCAAAAGUCCACGCAGAAGCACACGUGGACCUGUGGAGGCGGAUGGAGGCAUUUUUCAAGAAAAACCUUAACCAUUAUGAAAAGUCACUUCUGUAAACAUACUGAUUCCGUGCUUUAUGUCACGUGUUCUUCAGGAAUUUAGCUGACUUUAAUUUUGAGUUUUUUUUUGGCUAGUGUUAUAUCACCUUAAAGUACCGUGUUCAAUUUCUAGGCUUCCAUCCUUAUUUGUUAUUGAUCUGAAAAAAUGUGUCAUUCUACUGCAAAGAUGAAGGUAUCGUAAAUCUCCCAUUCAGAUGAGUUUCUGGGUGCUGUCGAGUUGAGGGCGACUCUAUGGAUCGUUGUCCUGAAAAGCGUCCGGUCUUCCGCCAGUCAGCUAAGGUUCAGAUGAGACUCCUCUGUAAUUAUUGAUAUGCGUCGAUGCUGCAUGUCGCCGACUGGGAGGCUUAACCUCAUAGAGAUUCUGUACAUUUUACUGCCUCAUUUGGUUAAGAAUCCCCCCCCCCAAAUAAAUGAG